CGCAAAAAGGAGAAACAGGAGUUGAUAGACCAUCAAGUGCGAAGACAGAAUUGAGAGAAAGCUUACCCACGUGAAGCUUGAAAUAUUUGUUAAUCUUCCACAUUUCCUAAAUUCCCAAGCUUCGAAUUAACCUUCUCCUCAACAUGGCAGACCUCCCCACUUCCUUCGACCAUCCUGUUCGCAUUGCCGUGAUCGGCGGAACUGGUCUCCAAAAGCUCGAGGGCUAUGUGCCAAUUGCAACAGUGAACCCUCUCACUCCCUGGGGCUAUCCCUCUGCACCGAUUCAUAUUCUCGAGCACAACAAAGUCCCUGUGGCCUUCCUUUCUCGACAUGGCGCGUACCACCAGAUUGCACCUCACGAAGUUCCCUCGAAAGCGAAUAUUGCAGCUUUGAGAAGCAUUGGGGUUAGGACUGUCAUUGCUUUCAGUGCAGUGGGAAGCUUGCAGGAAGAGAUUAGACCAAGAGAUUUUGUGGUUCCAGAUCAGAUCAUUGAUCGCACAAAGGGUAUUCGGCCUUUCACAUUCUUCGAGAAGGGUGUCGUUGGUCAUGUAGGAUUUGCAGAUCCAUUCGAUGCCAAGAUAUCGAAGGUCGUCAGUGCUUGUGGCCAUGCUCUUGCCGGUGAUGGAGUAAGAAUGCAUGACAAGGGAACUAUUAUCUGUAUGGAGGGGCCUCAGUUCUCUACUCGAGCGGAGUCGAACAUAUACCGUAGCUGGGGAGGCUCUGUUAUUAAUAUGUCCGCGCUUCCGGAGGCUAAGCUUGCUCGAGAGGCCGAGAUGGUCUACCAGAUGAUUUGCAUGGCCACCGACUACGAUUGCUGGCACGAUACCGCCGACGUGGAUGUAGCUAUGGUCAUGGCACAUAUGGAAGCUAAUGGAGCUAAUGCUAAGAGACUUGUUGGAUCUGUUCUUGAUGAACUAAUCAAGGAAGAGCACAGUGAUCUCGUCUCGGGCAAACAUUGGGAAGGCCAAACAACGGGCAUGAUUCAAUUCAUGACAAAAAAAGAAGGAAGAGGAGCCGAGGGAGUAAAGAAUGUGGAAUUUUUAUUCCCGGGAGUCUUCUCUUGAUACGACACCUCAUUAAUGAUGAUAAAUGAUGACUAUUGUAGAUGUUUCAUAGACCGAUACCUACUAAGCAUCAACUGCUUUAGCGCAUAUUUACUUGCUGGAAGCAAUAAAAGUUAUUCAAUGCUUCUAUUUUAU